AUUUUUGUUGUCAGGAUGGCAAAGUGGAGUGUGUGGCGCAGUCCUGUGAUGCUCCCCUUGUCCUGGAUAGAUGAGCUGACUACGACGGGUGUGCGUUAUAGCAGCAGUAUGCCCGUGACCAGGCAGGCAUAUUCAGAGAACAGCAGCAGCAGCAGCAUCGUUCGGCCUUUCAAUGAGAUUCCCGGACUGUGGAAAAACGGGGUGGCCAACUUGUACCACUUUUGGAAACUGGAUGGCUUCAAAAACCUGCACCGCAUCAUGUUGCAGAACUUCAACACUUUUGGACCCAUUUACAGAGAGAAAAUAGGUUAUUAUGAAAGCGUAAACAUCAUCAAUCCUGAAGAUGCUGCCAUCCUGUUCAAAGCGGAGGGCCAUUACCCUAAAAGGCUGAAAGUUGAAGCGUGGACAUCAUACAGAGAUUACAGGAAUCGCAAAUAUGGAGUUCUACUCAAGGACGGAGAGGACUGGAGGUCAAACCGUGUGAUUCUCAAUAAGGAGGUGAUUUCCCCGAAGGUGCUGGAAAACUUUGUGCCUUUGCUGGAGGAAGUGGGCGAGGAUUUUGUGGCCAGGGUUCACAAGAAGAUUCAGCGUAGUGGCCAGAACAAAUGGACCACUGACCUUUCUCAAGAACUCUUUAAAUAUGCACUGGAGUCGGUGGGCUCGGUGCUCUAUGGGGAGCGUCUUGGUCUAAUGCUUGACUACAUUGACCCUGAAGCUCAACAUUUCAUUGACUGCAUCACCCUCAUGUUCAAGACUACCUCGCCUAUGCUGUACAUCCCUCCUGCUCUGCUGCGGCAGAUUGGUGCAAAGGUGUGGCGGGACCAUGUGGAUGCCUGGGAUGGGAUCUUCAACCAAGCGGACCGCUGCAUCCAGAACAUCUACAGGCAGCUACGACAGGACACCAGCUCCUCAAACAAAUACCCAGGAGUCCUUGCUAGGCUGCUCUUGCUAGACAAGCUGUCCAUAGAAGAUAUCAAGGCCAGCAUCACUGAACUAAUGGCUGGAGGAGUAGAUACAACUUCCAUAACUCUGCUGUGGACAUUGUAUGAACUAGCUAGACACCCCAACCUCCAGGAGGAGCUGAGAGCAGAGGUAGCUUCAGCUCGGGCUGAGAGCCAGGGAGACAUGCUUGAGAUGCUGAAGAGGAUUCCACUGGUGAAAGGAGCUUUGAAGGAAACACUCAGGUUACACCCUGUUGCAGUGAGCUUGCAAAGAUACAUUUCGGAGGAUGUCAUCAUUCAAAAUUACCACAUCCCCUCAGGGACUCUGGUACAGUUAGGACUGUACGCGAUGGGGAGAGACCCCAAAGUGUUUCUCCAUCCGGAGCAGUAUCGGCCCUCCCGCUGGCUGAGGACAGAGACGCACUACUUCAGAAGCCUGGGCUUCGGCUUCGGCCCGCGUCAGUGUUUAGGCCGCAGGAUAGCUGAGACCGAGAUGCAAAUCUUCCUCAUCCAUAUGCUUGAGAACUUCAGAGUGGAGAAACAGCGCCAUGUGGAAGUGCAAAGUACCUUCGAGCUUAUUCUCUUACCGGAAAAGCCAAUCAUCUUGACUCUGAAGCCGCUAAAGACCAAUCGGUAACACCAAGUUAUAAAGAAAAAUCUACUAAAGCCUUCAUAACAUCUUCCAACCUAAGAUGCCGAUGGAGAGCAAAUAAAGACAUUAGGAAUGAAAAAGCUAAACAUUUGGCAUGAACGAAUUACCUCGCGUAUACCAUAACAUGCCAACAGAAUAAUUAUACACUAUGUGCAAAGUAUUACUUGAUGUGUGAUCUGAGUAAUGAUGGAAAUGUGAAGUCCAUAUGUACAACUUAUUAAAAAUGUUGAAUGUACAUUGAAUGUACAAAGAGUAAUUGUUUUAUUAGAUUUGAAAUAACUACCAGUGUCUCUAUAAACCAGUGAUGAAUAAAACAAAUUCUUAAAAUA